AUGGCCUGGGGCCUAGAGCGGCUAGGACUGCAAAUCCGCCACUGGGUUAAAGUGAGUGCUGAACAGAACGGUCGUAUAGAAUAUAAAUACGAUUUGGAUGAGGGCCCAUGUACAAUAAUUGUUGUAAGAACUGGUAGGCGAAAUCAGCAACCCUUGGAGAACGAAUUUGAACUGAAAAAGGCUUAUAAUGGACCCUUGCCCAUUCGCAAAGACAAAUACAAAGAUUUGACAGACUUGCAAACCUGGGAUCAUUCCUUAUCUUACACUGAUUCUACUAAUUUGAUUGACCAAGAAUGUAUCGAAGAUUAA